AGAGAUAGAGAGGGUGUGUAGAGGGGUGUAUUUUCGCUGCAUUGGAUCCUUCGCCGAAUUUUAGGUUUUGAAAGACUUCCAAAUUCUCUCUCUUCCUCUCUUUCUGUGUUUUGACAUCUUGAGGGCUAAAAUCCAAAGAAGCUGGUAGAAAAGGUGCAUGGAGAUUUGGUGGUGAUAAUAUUUUGAAGCUGCUAUUUGAUCUGUAAAAUCAACUGUCUUUUAAUUCAGCUUUCUAGCUCAUUACUCUCUUUAAAAAUCCUUGUUUUCGUUGUACUUUUCCACCUUUUGGUUCCUCUUUAUUAAAAUCUCAUUCAUUCUCUUAUUGAAAUUAAAUCUUUGUCUACACCAAGUGCUACAGCUUCUCCAAGUCAAUUCCAUUAAUAAUAUCCAUGGGGGGUGAGACCAAAAUUAGUACUAAUUCUCACUCGCAAAUGUUGGUUUCUGAGAAAAAUGGUGCUAAUCAUGGUCGUAGUCCCAUGGAAUUCAAUUUCUUAGUGAGACCCGCAUUGAAUUUCAAUAAUCAUGCAUGCCAAAUUGCUCGUUGUGAAGACGAAGAAGAAGAUGGAGACGGCCAAUUACAUAGCUCAGAGGAGAAGCAAGAAGAUAAUUUCGACAUGUUUGUGUCAUCGUUGAAGGUCAAAGUUCCUUCAGCUGGAGAAUUCUGUAGAGUCCAGCAAGAAGGUAUUGGUGAUGAUGGGGACGUGGAAUAUGGGUUGAAGACUCCAACAUCUUUGGAUCACAAAAUCAAAGGGGGCCUGCAAUGUCCACCAGCACCAAGAAAACCCAAAUCACUUCCACUAAAGAAGAGAAAAGCAAUACUUGACCCCAGAAUUUUUCUUGAUUUUUCAAGUGAUGAGAUCGAAUCGUUGUUUCCUCCGGUUGAUGGUGUUCUUGCAGAUCUUGGUAGUAAGAUUAUCAUGAAGAAGAAAGUUAGAGUACAAGCAAGUGAAGGUCACGAUCAUAUAAUAUAACAUCAGCUAGCUGAGAUCUCUAUGCAUGUGAAGCAAUUUAUAUAUUUCUUUUUAAGCCAAAUAUAAUGGCGUGUAAUUUCUCUCCGUAUGUUGUGAUAGUGAAUUUGUGAUCAUCAGUGCUAGCUCUGCACUUUUUUAUCCAUUUCCAUAUGUAGUUUAGGUUUAUCUCUCGAUGUUCAAGUUUAUCACUUGAUCCCUCAUCAUAUUCUUUCUUCUUCUUCUUUGGACAUUGAGAAAUAAUUUAACUCAGAUCUGAAAAAUCAUGCACUUGUAACUUCUGUAAUUUAUCAAGGGAUGAGCUUUUCAUAGGAUUCCAUUACUAUA